GCAUCAUUCUCAGAAGAGGAAGUGGAUUCAGCAUCUCAUUUAAUACGUACCUACUUUAGAAACUCAAUCAUAAGUGUGAGGAGAAGAGAGACAGACGAUCACCAUCAUGGAGUUCAAAUGGAUUCAGAUGUCUUUAUUUCUGACAGCUCUGCUUCACUUUACAGGUAAGAGCACUGAUAUCACAGAUAAAUCAGACGCUGAAUUUGAAACAUCUAAAUCCAUCUUGAACCGAAGAAAAUGUGUCGAAAAUGUGUUUAGCUUGUUUUUGAUGCUUUGUUGUAAAAAGAAUCAUCAAACUUGAUUAUAAAAAUUUAUUAAGUUUCAUUUUCAUACUUUUUUCAUAUUUUCUCAACAUCAGAGACUAAAGAUAAAGGACGUACUGUCAGAGAUGGAGGUGAUGUUACUUUGAUCUGUGAGAGCCUGAUACAACAUCGACAUGAGUGUAAAUUUACCACAUGGGCCUUCAGCCAUUUUACAAACCCAACAGCAGCAGUCGAGCUGGUUAAACUCGGACAGAUCGGUGACGAUGUUGGAUCUAAAUCAGACAGACUGAGUGUUACAGAGAACUGUUCUCUGCUGAUAAAGAAGGUCUCAGAGGAGGAUGUUGGGCGUUAUGUCUGUCUACAUUACCCACCAAGAGGACAACAAGAACUUGGUACUCAUGUUUAUCUGUCUGUGGUUAACAGUGAGUAUUUCUAUCAUCAUGUAUCAACUCAAACCAUCUUAUUUUGAAACAUUACAAGAAUUGUAAUCACAGGCAAGCUAACAACAUAGAAACCACCACUGGUAAACAAAGGCGCUUUGUACUUACAAGGUAAGACCUGUGAAUUUUUUAUGCAGAGAGAGAAAUCAGGGACAGAAAUCUGCUCAUGAAUGUGUUAUUUCUCAAUCACGUCAAUAAACUGAUAUCGCAGAUAAAUAAUACAUUGACUUUGAAACAUCUAAAUUCAUCUUGAACUGAAGAAAAUAUACCGCUUUUUUAACAAGAUUUUGAUGCUUUGUUGAAAGAACAAUCAUCCAACUUGAUAAAAAAUUGAAUUAAGUUUAAUUUUCAUACUUUUCUCUUAUUUUCUCAACAUCAGCAGCUGGAGAUAAAGUACAGAUUGUCAGAGCUGGAGAUGAUGUUACUUUGACUUGUGAGAACCUGAUACAACAUCAACAUGAGUGUAAAUUUACUACAUGGACCUUCAGCCAUUUAACAAACUCAGCAGCAGUCAAGCUGGUUGAACACGGGCAGAUUGGUGAAGAUGUUGGAUCUAAAUCAGACAGACUGAGUGUUACAGAGGACUGUUCUCUGCUGAUAAAGAAGGUCAGAGGAAAGGAUGCUGGGCUCUAUGUCUGUCUACAGUAUCCACCAAGAGGACAACAAGAACCUGACGCUCAGGUUUUUCUGUCUGUGGUUAACAGUGAGUAUUUCUAUUUUCGUGUAUCAACUCAAACCGUCUUAUCUUGCAACAUUACAAGAAUUGUAAUCACAGCUGAGCUAUAUUUGACUGUUUUCUGUCUGCUCACAAUAUCUCCAUCUUCAACAGUGACUGAACUCAAAAACGAUGAUGAGGUGACAUUAAGCUGCUCUGUGUGGACGCAUAAAGAUCUCAAAGCUGAAGUGAAGUGGCUGUUUGAGGAUAAAGUUGUGGAUAGACGUCACCAUGGAGUGAAUACAUCAAAGCGUCUCUGCUGUGCUGAUGUGACCUUAAGACCAGAUCACCUCAUGUUCAGAUCCAGAUAUGAGUCACUGCAGUGCGAAGUAUCUGUAAGUGACAAAAAGCAGCUGUUUCCCUUUAGGCUUAAGCACUCAGGUGAGAAGAUCUAGAUCUGUUUAAAGUCACUUAAACUGACAAAAAUUUUGAUUUUAUGGACAUUUACCUCUGUUUUUUUUAUUCAUUCACUCAGACACACCAGAACCAACAACUUUGACUAAACUGACAACAAGAACAACAACUCCAAGACCAACUGGAAGCAGAGCAACAAAAAACGGAACACAACAAACACCACAGACACCACCACCGACAAACAACAGCCCUUUGUAUUUCCAAGGUAAGACUUGUGAGUUUUUAUGCAAAGAGAGCAAUCAGGGACAGAAAUCUGCUCAUGAAUGUGUUAUUUCUCAAUUCUCCUUCCAGACUGGUCCAGAUGGCUAGUCUCUGUGGCUGUGGUGGUUUUAUUAAUGGCACUUUCUCUUAUUGUUGUAAAAGUCUUCAGAUGGAAGAGAGCCAAAGGUGACCAAAGGCACUUGUUCGACUCUUUAUUUUAAUACAACCUGUUUGUUCCUGUUUGAAACUAAUAAAACAUUAUAUUGUCUUCUCAGGGAGUAACAGACAGAGUGACAAUGAUGUAAGUACAAACUCUGCUUUGCUGUCAUGAGUUCGGAAAGGUUUUAAACAUGCACAGAUUUUAUCAGCAUUACUUACCGUUCUACUUGUGUCGGCUCAUCAGUGACCAGCAGUUGUUUUCACCAGGAGUUUACAGUCUGCUUAAAAAUGAUACAAAAGACAAAGUCAAGCUAACUUGGAUCUGCACAGUCCCUUUCUACUUCUCAGACACUUUCUAUGAGAAAUUUCACUGAACUUUUCCUUACUUUUAACUUUUUUUUUUGUAAUUUAGAAAAUAUAAAGUAUGAAGUACAAGGACAGAGGUUUUUUUUUUCCUAUCCACAGUCAAGAGAGCAGCGUGUGACAAUCUUCCCCUUGAUACAUCAAAAAUAGGUGUUCCCCAAGGCUAAAUAUUGGGCCCACUGAAUUUCUGCUAUUUUAUUAAUAAUCAGUCUAAAAGCUUUUGUGAGCUGAUUGCAGCAUUAUGCUGACAAUACAUUCCUUAAGGCUUCAGCAAAGUCACCCACUGAGAUAUUUUUAAAUGCCUGAAACUGGUUUUAUUAUUUUAUUUCUAUUUUUUUUUUUUUGAUCAAGUGCCAAAGGAGUUGGAAACAGGCAAAAGUGAUAAUCUCUGUAUAUGCAGUACAUCCAUUACUACAAAGUGCUUGGGACAGGUGGAAGUUGUGCUAUGUGAUUUCCGUUGUCCUUAUCAAAUUAACAACAUUUAUUAAAUCAAUUUUUCAUGACACUUACUGUGAAGAUUCAGCUCUGUACUGAGGAAGUUAUCAGCUCCUCAGAUGAGUUUUAUCGUGUCAAAGAUCUAAACACUAAACUUAUAAACGUCAGUGCUACACGCUUGAAUGUGAUAAUUUCCUGAAUGAUAUGGUGAGCAGUGAAGUAGGUGCAGACUUGAGAGUGUGACGAAGAUAAAAAAGGAAGUGAGAUAGAUCAGCUUGAUGGUAGUACAUAAACAUCACGCACCACCAAAACACUACACUACACUACAGUUUUUGGACAUCGUUCAACAGAGAUAUAAAAUGACUGAAUUAAAUAUAUCAACUUUGGUAAGAAGUAUGAGUCAGUGUUUCAGAGAAACUAUUUUGUUGUCUGCGCAGGCUGAUCCUGAAGAUGGUGUCACCUACGCCUCUAUCAGCUACACCAGGAAGAGCAAAAGUCCAUCUCAGGUAAGAGUUCUGAUUGGCUAAAGUGCCGAUGGAUGAAUUUAAAACAUAAACAAAAUUCUUCAUUUAAGUUUUUUUUUUUCUUUAAUCUCCCGUAUUUUGUGUGUUUGUGUGGCAGGUUCUGGAUACAGUUGACAAUGUUUAUGAUGAUGGAGCCAUAACCUACGUCACCGUGAAACCCCCCACCUCUUCUUCUGCUGCUGCUGUUGGGGCCUCUGUGGAUCCCAGCAGCCUCUACGCCACCGUCAACAAAAAGGGGAAAAAAUUGUCCAAAAAAAAGUCAGCAACGUCACUGUGACAGAGGUGUUAUAAAGGUUGAACUGUGUUUGUUUGAAAUGAUGAAGUUUCCAGGGUCUGUUCAGACCCAAACAAGGAUAAAUUUACAUGAUGUUCACUGCAAAAAGAAGACAGAGGGACUAAAAUCAGAUGAGGUUCACUUUCAUGAAAGUAACUUUAGACCUGUGUACAUUUAAAGAAAGAUGACAAAAAGUGGGGGGGACUUUACACCUUUCUAAUUAAAGGAAGUACAAGCAACAUUUCUAUUCCAGUAUGUGUGUGUGUGUGUGUGUGUGUGUGUGUGUGUGUGUGUGUGUGUGUGUGUGUGUGUGUGUGUGUGUGUGUGUGUGUGUGUGUGUGUGUUUGCAAUAAGCUUGUGAUUGUG